GCCCCGUGACGUCAGGCGGCUCUCGCGAGGCCAGCGGCGCCAUGGCUCCCACAUCGCUGCGGUAGCGGACGGUCGGGCGGCCGCGGGGGGGGGGAAGAUGGCGGACGCCAAGCAGAAACGCAACGAACAGCUGAAGCGCUGGCUGGGCUCCGAGACGGAGCAGGAGCCGCCCGUGUUGAAGAAGAAGCGGUCGAGGGUGAAGUUUGACGAUGGCGCCGUCUUCCUGGCCGCCUGCUCCAGCGGCGACGCGGCCGAGGUGACCAGGCUGCUGGAGCGGGGCUCCGACAUCAACUACGCCAAUGUGGAUGGGCUCACGGCCCUGCACCAGGCAUGUAUAGAUGAUAAUUUGGAUAUGGUGAAAUUCCUGGUGGAACACUCUGCAAAUAUUAACCAGCCAGAUAAUGAAGGUUGGAUACCACUACACGCAGCUGCCUCUUGUGGAUAUACCGAUAUAGCACUGUAUUUAAUUAGCCGUGGAGCAAAUGUAGCUGCAGUCAACAGUGAAGGAGAGACUCCAUUAGAUAUAGCUGAAGAGGAAGCCAUGGAAGAACUCUUGCAGGAAGAGAUUAGUAGGCAAGGUGUGGAUAUAGAGGCAGCUCGGAAAGAAGAAGAACGAAUAAUGCUCCGUGAUGCUAGGCAGUGGCUAAAUAGUGGGCAAAUAAAUGACAGCAGGCAUCCAAAAUCCGGGGGAACUGCUCUUCAUGUAGCUGCAGCUAAAGGCUACUCCGAAGUCUUGAAACUUCUCAUCCAAGCAGGUUAUGACGUAAAUAUAAAGGAUUAUGAUGGCUGGACUCCCCUUCAUGCUGCGGCGCACUGGGGCAAAGAGGAAACCUGCCGAAUCCUCGUAGAAAGCUUCUGUGAUAUGGAGAUGAUCAACAAAGUGGGUCAGACAGCAUUUGAUGUGGCCGAUGAAGACGUUCUUGGAUACUUGGAAGAAUUGCAAAAGAAACAGAAUUUGCUCAUCAGUGAGAAGCAAGCAAACAAAUCUCCAUUGAUCGAAACAACUGCAACAAUGGAAAAUAUUCAGCAAUUAAAACCCAUCAAAACUAAAGAAACCUUGCUGAAUGAGCCGAAGAUUACAGGUCCCACAGAACCCCUGGAACAGGAGAAGGCGGGUGAGGAAGAGGAGGGGAAGAAGGAUGACUCCAGUUGUUCCAGUGAGGAAGAGGAAGAGGAAGACUCUGAGUCAGAAGCAGAGACAGAAAAAUCCAAACCAACAGCAACUGUAAAUAUUGUGAACCGUGUGAAUAAUGGAGGUAUACAGACAAUAGCAGUGGCCCCUUCCACUGUACCCACCAGUCAAGUUACACCAACAUCACCAGUGAAAAAGUUUGCUACUCCGUUUAUCAAGUAUUCAAAAGAAGAAGACAAGAAAAGGAAAGAGGAGGAAGAAAAGAAAGAUGCCCCUCCAGCUUUGUGGCGGUCAGGGCUUCGGAAGACUGGAAGUUAUGGCGCGUUGGCUGAGAUCAGUGCCUCCAAAGAGACACAGAAGGAGAGGGACAUCCCAGGGGUGAUGCGUUCUGCCUCAAGCCCUCGACUCACGUCCACCCUCGACAAUAAAGAGAAGGAGAAGGAUCAGAAAGGAACAAGGCUUGCCUAUGUUGCACCUACAGUCCCGUCUAGAAGAUUAGUCAGUAUGUCAGACAUCGACGAUAGGGAAAUCAGAGAUUCUGCAAGUAACUUUGUGCGCAGUGGUUCGUACACAAGGCGGCGUUGGGAAGAAGAUCCAAAGAGGAAAGAAAUUAACCACACCACCAUCACUGAAGGGCCUACGUCACAAAACGCUGCUGUCACCAACGUAGUGCCCAGUUAUCAAAGAAGUAAUUCGUAUCUGCUAGCAAUAGGCAGAAGUAGCAGUACCAGACAUCUCCCAACCAGCUCCUCCUCAAACACCAGCUUGGAUUCUACUAAUUCUAAGUCUAGGCAACCAACUGCAAGUCAAUACUCAUCCUACAGCAUCUUCAGAAGUGGUUCUUUUGGUCGAAGAAAAGACGAUCAAAUCAGUACUGUUCAAAGUGCCAUUUCAACCAACACCACAACAACAGUUACCUCAUCAAACAGCCUGCAGUCUAUAUCCAGGAUAGCAGCAUCCACUUCAUCAGCCAGUACCUCAAAUCGUUUCUCGACGGGGGACAAUACUGAGAAAGACAAAGAAAAUGUUCCUUCAGCGGUUGCUACAACUGGCACCGUCUCCUCAACAGCGGAGAUCAGAGAGAGACGCAGCCUAUUGGUUCCUAUCAAGAUUAGGUCAUACUUAACUCCUGUCCGGGAUGAAGAGUCUGAAUCACAGAGGAAAGCCAGAUCGAGACAAGCAAGACAGUCCAGAAGAUCGACACAGGGCGUUACACUGACAGACCUACAAGAAGCCGAGAAAACAAUUGGGAGGAGUCGUGUGGACCGUCGCACUCGAGAGCAAGAAGAGAAAGAAAAGGAGGAGAAAGAAAAGCAAGACAGAGAAAAGCAAGAAGACAAGAAUCAAUCAGAAACUCGCGAGGAUGAGAGACAAAGGUUUAAUCGCAGCACUGUAGAGCCUUAUCAACGUGUCAGACCAACCUCCACGCCGUCCACAACUGCCACCGUCUCUGCCCUAAACAGUUCGUACAUAUCCUCCCAACUAAGUCGACCCAGCAGUCUUACAGGCAUUACAUCUGAUUAUUCAAGUUACUUCCGCACUUCUGGGGAGGCGGAUAUAGGUACAACGAGAAGGGGAGAUGAGAAGGAUGGUGAAGAGAAAUUGGACGAUAAGUCGCAAAAUAAACCAUCAGUCAGGGAGCGGCGGCGCCCGAGGGAGAAACGGAGAUCCACAGGUGUUUCUUACUGGACUCAGGAUAGUGAUGAGAAUGACCAAGAACAGCAAUCAGAUCCUGAAGAGGGAACAAAUAAGUGCCAGAAUGACAGACUUUCAAGGUAUGUCUCCGGAUUUUCUAGCACUGCAAAUAACGAGGGUUCUGACCUAUCGACAAGUCGAAAUGGUUCAUAUAAAGAAAGUAGACUUGCGCCCCAGAGCAGAGUAGAAAAGGAAGAUGCAUUGGAUUAUAAAAAGCUUUAUGAACAAUUCCUAACAGAAAAUGAGAAGCUUAAGGCAAAUCUACACGAUACGAACCUCGAACUGACGGAGCUGAAGGUACAAUUGGACAAAACAACGCAGAGGCAAGAAAGAAAAGCUGAUAGGUCACUGCUGGAGAUGGAGAAAAGGGAAAGAAGAUCUCUGGAGAGGAAGAUAGCUGAAAUGGAAGAAGAACUGAAGAACCCGCAUCAACUCAGUCAGAUUCAGACUCUGAGGCAGUUAAAUGAGCGGCUACUGACUGAGAAUAGGGCUCUGACCCGAGUGGUCAUCAAGCUUACUGAGUCCUAUAGGCAGUUGCAGGCUCUGGACCUGUAACUGCUUUUAUUUUCUUCAUUGCUACUGCCCUUCGCAGCCAGAUGCUACCAGACCUGAAAGCCGACAACCAGAGGCUAAAAGACGAAAAUGGAGCUUUGAUCAGAGUCAUCAGCAAACUUUCCAAGUAAACGGGAUUCUCGUUGCCAUUGUACGAUAGCUCCGAACUAUUGUUGUCAUUUAGCCAAGUGAAUCAAAAGGAGAUGGAACGCCCUGCAAGACUUUCAUCCUUCAGAAUACCCUCUUUACGGGCCUGUUUAAUGUCUAUAUAUGGAUAUCUAUAUUUAUAUAUACAUAUAAAUGUAUGGCCAUUUUUAACAGAAACUGAAACUGCUGAAGAAGUGAAAUGCCGAAAACUUUGUUUACAGUAAAAUGAGGAAUGCAUUAGGAGGGCGGAAAGUGCCCUGAUACUAAACCAGAAAGCCUUACUUGUACAUAAAACACGUCAACAAACUGCCUUUGUUGUUGCAACAGAGACAGCUAAGAAUACAGCACGGUUUAACUGUGUCACAGAAUUGUUGUCCUCCUCCUUUUGCACGCUUAAGAGUGUUUUAAAAUGUGCUAACCGCCCAUGUGCCAGUUUAAGUUGGGACAGUAUUCACAGAGCCAUCUGUAUUGAAAAUAAUGCACCCAAGUCCUACAUAAGAGGUAGCUGCAGAGUACUGAUUUGUCCCACCGUAUUGAUCAGAUAGAGUUGGUGAAACGUUUGCUUUCACUGUUUGUGCAAUAUGCAUUUCUUUAAGAUGCUUUAACAAGCCAGUUGAAGUAGAUCUAUUUUACAAAAGAUUAUCUUGGCCUUCAUCUGUCACAAUUUUUAAAUCUAGCAUAAAUUCUUGUGUAAUCUGUAGCUUUCACUUUCAUUUUAGCAGGUACUGAGUGCGCGUGUAUGUGUGUGUGUGUGUAUUAUAAAUAUAUAUAUACUGUUUUAAGUUUCAGUGCACCAUGUAUGCGUAAUGAUUACACAACAGAUUACUCUAAAGUGCAUCUUUUUAAAAAAAUGAAAAUGAGGUUUUAAGGCUUAAAGUGCAUAUUCAUGAAAUGAUUUCUUGGAAAAGUGCGGUGUCUUGAGUGGUAUAUUUGAUGUGGGAUUUCAAUGUUCACAGAUGCAAAAAUAUUAAUGCAUCAAAAUUCAUGAGAGGUUUCUCACUCUGAUUUGCAUUCUGUGAGUCACACCAGGCCAUUUAAGCUCUUGCCAAAGGAAUAUCACUUUUUUUUUUAAAAACAAGUGUUUGGGGAAACUAAAUUAUGGCGUUCAGAAACUUUUUUUUUAAUUUUGUAUCCAUGAUGGCUGACCGGAAGAGUUACAAAAAGUUGAAAAACCAUUGUGACAAAGUCCAGAAAUCAAAACGCACUUCCUAUAUUUGUGUGGCCUUUUAAAGAUGAUUUCAGUGAACUCUUACCAUUAGACCAAUAUUGUGCAUCCACCCCUAGUUUAUUUUGGUAAUAUAUAUUUAAACAUCAGUGCAACUUCACACGGCACAUUAUACGGCAAACAAAACCACUGAGGAGUUCAAAAUUGCUGAGUCAUUGUACAUUGUAAAACUUGCAGUAACUUGUAUUAUCAUUAAAUAUAUUGUAUUAAAUGUGAAUUUAUACCCCUUCAUAAAAACACCAUCGUUCUUGUGUUGCAUUGCUCAUCAUACUAUAUGGUGAACUGGUCAUUUGGCACCCAGUAUCUUUGAUGCGGGGAAGCAUCUUCUGAUUAGUUUAAUAUAGGUGUGGGAUCAGACUCUUGCUUCCGAUCUCAGGAGUUGGAUUUUGUAAAGAUACCAGGGGAAAACUAGCUUUUCAUGUUCAAGCAGUAUUGGGUGAGAUUAUUUGUCAUUGGUGUGUGACAGUUUGCUGUGAUUCGACACAAACAGAAAACGUGAGAGUAGAGGGUUUACACUGGUCUGUCACAGAGCUCAGAGUGUAUGAUGAGCCGUGAAAUAGCGGAGUGUGGUCCUAAAAUGUGGGCGCAUGUUCACAGCUGCAAUAGGCGUUACUGAAAAAUGUUAGUGUUUUAUAUUUAGGUUAUUUAUAUUGGAGUCUAUGAUGUGACCAGUCUGUCAGUUUUAAUGGUAGUAUUGCGCAGACAAUGCACCCGCAUGAAGUUGAUUGCAAAAGCUACCGGCUAUUUUUUUGAAAAAUGUAUUUUGACAUAUACAAAUAAAAAUUAAAAUGUUAA